AUGCUUAAAAGUGGCCGUUCUUCUCCGGUGCAGGAGCAAAACCCCAAGUCAUUAGACGACAAAGGCCACGACAAAGUGCUGAAAGAGGUGUACGAGAAGUACAGCAUAGUGCAAGAAGUUGUGGACGAUGAAGGCCUGUAUGAAGACGAAUACGACGACACCUAUGACAGCAACGACGUGGGUCUUGCAGAGCCGGCACCAGAAGACGAGCUGUCCACGCGCAG